AAAUGUUUCGGGGUGUGUACCUGCUGCUUACGGCGCUUUGGUUGCAGUGGCAAGUGAACGCACAACAUCUGAGCAGGGAGGAAAUUGAAAAAGCUGUUAACGCUGCCAUCACUAAGGUGGACUCUGCAUAUGAGUACUCAAGACAAGAGUGCCUUGAACGUGUCAAACGGAACGCAGCGAGGCCCCAGGAUGUGUUACGCUUGCUCAAGCAGCCUAUGGGAAUCUCUCGUGAGAUAGCCCGAUCUGCUGAUUACAUGAGCAAUGCACUGGAUAUCAUCAAAAGAUCUGCGGAAAGACGUGAGAGACGUUCUAUCAACGCCACAGACCUGCUGUCUGAGGAGGAUUUAGAGUUCAUAUCAGAACUGACAGGCUGCUCACCACGACAACGCAUCCCCUCUUGCAGGACAACACCCAACCUUGAUGUCUUUCGCACUGCAAGCAGUGUCUGCAACAACAGGUAUAAUCCCCGAUGGGGAGCCUCUAACAUACCAUUUGCACGCUGGCUGCCUUCUGAGUACCAAGAUGGAAUCUCUGAGCCUCGAGGGUGGGACCCUAUCAAAAUUAACGGCUUCCUUCUUCCUUUGGUCAGAGAGGUGUCUAACAGCGUUCUGAAAACACCCAUCAAUGAUGUGGUGAGCGACCAAGUAUUCACUCACCUCUUGACCAUCUAUGGAGAGUGGAUAGACCACGACCUGACGUUCACACCUCAUUCUCCAGUCAUUCGUUCAUUCAGUAAUGGCAUUGACUGCGACGAGAGCUGCGAGCGCACUGAACCUUGCUUCCCCAUCGAGAUUCCCAAGAAUGGCCCACGCUUUGGCUCCCAAGAGUGCAUCCCUUUCUUUCGCUCGACAGCCACAUGUGGAUCUGGACCCACAGGUUCCAUCUUUGGCGAAGCCACUGUGCGGCAACAGUUGAACACCCUCACAUCUUAUAUUGAUGCGGAUCAGGUGUAUGGUUCGGAUGAUGUCAGAGCUCAGUCCCUUCGUAACCUCAGCACAGAUGAGGGCUUGUUGAGGGUCAAUACAGAGUUCACUGACGGCGGUCGAGAACUGCUGCCCUUCACCACUAUGGGAGCCAACUUGUGUGCAACCCGAGCUCGGAUCACCAAUGACCCUGACGCCCAGGAAGUGCUUUGCUUUUUUGCAGGUGAUGGACGCUCCAAUGAGAACAUUGCUCUGACCUCUAUUCACACACUGUUCUUGCGUGAGCACAACCGGCUGGCUCGGGCCUUGCGCAAACUAAAUCCAAAGUGGGAUGGAGAGAGAAUCUACCAAGAAACACGCAAGAUCGUUGGAGCAUAUCUUCAGGUCAUCGCUUUCCGAGACUUCUUGCCCCCCAUCGUUGGUCCAGAAAUCGUAUCCAAGAAGCUGUCCACCUACCCUGGCUAUAAUGACACCGUGGAUGCCACCAUCUCCAAUGCAUUCGGAGCAGCUGCCUUCCGAUUUGGCCACUCGAUGGUUCAACCCUUCAUAUUCCGCCUCGAUGGGAGCUACAAGGAUCACCCGUUGUACCCCUCUCCGUUGCUGCACACAGCCUUGAACACACCAUGGAGGGUUGUCUUUGAAGGUGGCAUAGACCCCAUCGUGAGGGGGCUUGUGGGUCGACAGGCUAAGUUGAAUGUUCAGGAUUCCAUCAUUACGGAUGAACUGAGAGACUUGUUGUUUAAAUUCUCUUUUGAGAUGGCACUUGAUCUGGCCUCUCUCAACAUGCAGCGUGGACGAGACCACGGAAUCCCAGGAUACAAUCGAUGGCGCAAGUUCUGUGGUCUGUCACAGCCACAAAAUGAGAAGGAACUGGCUUCUGUGCUGCAAAACGAUGAACUGGCUCGGAAGUUGAUAGAACUUUACGGCACGCCUGAUAACAUUGAUCUAUGGCUUGGAGGAAUUGCAGAACGUCUUGUGAACGGAGGAAGAGUUGGCCCCCUGUUUGCUUGCCUGAUAGGCACUCAGUUUAGCAAGAUUCGGGAGGGAGAUCGACUUUGGUGGGAGAACAAAGGGGUAUUCACGAAGGCCCAGAGAGCCUCUUUGGCAGGAACAUCAUUUUCCCGCAUCAUCUGUGACAACACCGGCAUCUCUGAAGUUCCAGACCAACCCUUCCUGUUUCGGCCACGAGGCUAUGGUUACACCAAAUGCAGUGACAUCCCUCCGUUUGACCUGACUCCGUGGCAGGAGCCUCCACAUGAACCUACAGGCCCCACCAAGUACCCACCAGAAACAACCCCCUUUAUCACCAAAUACUCCCCGGGAUCCUACGGACCCAAAGGAACCCCUGGACCAAAAGAACCAGCAGGCCCCCCUGGAUCCUAUCAUGAGAAUGUGGCCUUCUCCGUGCGACUGGGCAACAACUACCCUAGUCCUGGUGUUCCUAUCCCCUUCUACGACGUCAUCUACAAUGGACAGAACAGCUAUAACACCAACACAGGCAAAUUUACAUGCCCAUAUUCCGGCGUGUAUGAAUUCCAAUUCUACUGUACAAUCUAUGAGCACGCUGCCAGCGUAGAUCUGUUGCGCAAUGGAGUGUUGAUUGUGCAUUCCUAUACUACCAAGCAAGAUGGUUACAUCUCAGCCAGUGGAGGCACGUACAUCAAGCUAGAUGUAGGAGAUGAGGUUUGGCUGGUGGCUAACUACGGUGGCAAUGGUCUGACCAGAGACAGCUACUUUUAGGGGCGUCUGGUCUUUACUGAGAAAUAAGCCAUGAUUAUUCUAUGUGCCAAAAAGGCAGUAUUUUGCCAAGAAAGCACUUGAAGAUCCCAAAUUAACCUCACAUUUGGCAUUUGUAUGAUUUAUAGACUUUUCAUUGAGCAGUAAGGUUGGGCGUGCAUGCAAAUAAAUCAAAUAAUGAACUUGUCA